UUGGAUUUACGGGAUUUCGUCCCAAAAUUUUGGAUUUUUUACAAUUUUUUGGUAUUCACAGAAUUGCCGGGUUUUCAGGAAUAAUCUAUCCCACGAAGCCCGUUAGGCGACUAGAGACAUUGACUUCAAAUGUCGCGACAUUUGUCAAUCGCCUGACAUUCCGAUCGCGAUUGUGUUCCACAAAGCGACUUAAAAUUAUUUUGUGACAUCGACAUUUAAUGUCAAUGUCGUUUGGUGGAAUAGGCCCCAGGAAUAAUCUAACGGGAUCCCACGUCCGCUUCGAAUUUCUGAACAAAAUCCCGUUAGGCGACUAAAGUUUUUGUCUCGCUGUUCAAGUUUUCGUACCUUCUUCAGUUCAAGACACUAUUCGAAACUUUCCCGUAAUUCCCCCUUUCCUACAAAUUUUCUGGUUAAUUUCAAAACUUUCAGUGAAUUGUCCUUUCCGUGAAGUUUCUCAAAACCUUAAUUAAUUUCUAGCAGGCUUUUUCCACUUUGUCAAUGCUCAAAUCAAAAAGGAAUGUUCCUAUUAUUGCUUUUCCUUUAAAAAUGGCUCAACAACAACAGGGAAAUAAUGAACAACAAACAAAUUCUUUAACAACAUCAGAACAACAACAAAUUAAUUCCUCUUCUUCUACAGCAACAACAAUUAAUACAACAACAACAAUUGACGCCUUAGCAGCAAUGUUGGGUGGUGGAGGUGUUGAACCCGCCUUGGCUGCCCAAUUGCUUGGGCUUGGUCCUCAGAUUUAUGGUCAGUUUUGGCUAUCUUAAGUCGUUUAUUUAUUAAAUCCAAAGUUGUUAAGAAUAUCGAUUUUUCCCAAAAUCUUCCAAAUAAACAACCAAAAAUUCUGUCUUAAUAGACACUAUUCGCGAUUUAACGUUACAAAUUUACAUCCUCAAAUAUUUUUUUUAUCUUUAAAAAUCACUAAAAUGACAUUCCUAACCUC